AUGUCGUUGUUGUGGAAUUAUUCUUCUUCAAAAUGUUUUAAUUUAUCGAAUUUAUCUUCCCUCACUGUUUUAUCGCAAAUAUUUAGAAGUUUACAUUAUUCACCACAUUUCAUAAGUUCCUCUAAAUAUAAAAAGUAUUCUCCCAGAUAUCCCGUCAAAGCUCCCGAGGUAUCAGAGACAUUUAAUAAAUAUGAAGAAAUGGCGGAAGGUGAUCCAAAUUGGUCAUUUGUAACAUCACCAGCUUGGGUUGAUACUUCGAUAAUUCAAAGAAAAGGAUCCGUAUUGUCAAAAUAUUAUCCACGUAAAAUAGAAAAAUUUCCUGAUAAAUGGGAAUCCCAAUUACAAAAAAAGUUAGCUUGGACAGAAAAUUCUAUUAGAUUAGGUGUAAUCGCUAAAAAAAAAGGAAUGAUGGCGUUAUGGGAUGAAUGGGGAGUAAGACAUGCUUGUACAGUUUUGCAGUUAGAACAUGUUCAAGUAAUUCAAAUAAGAGAAAAUGCCAGAUUUGUUAGUCCAGAUUUAGUUUCAGUUCAAAUUGGUUGUACGGAUAAAACAAAAAAUGUAUCAAGACCUUUACUAGGACAUUUUAAAGUUGCUGAUGUACCACCGAAAGCCAAAUUAAUGGAAUUUCAAGUUACUCCUGAUGCCGUUUUACCAGUUGGUUACGAGAUUAGAGCAGCUCACUUUGUACCAGGACAAUAUGUUGAUUUACAAGCACCGACACUUGGUAAAGGUUUUGCUGGUGUAAUGAAACGAUGGAAUUUCUCAGGUUUGCCCGCAUCACAUGGUACAUCCCUUGCUCAUAGAUCAGCAGGUUCUACCGGUCAAUGCCAGGAUCCUGGUAGAGUUUUCAAGGGUAAAAAGAUGGCUGGAAGAAUGGGAGGAAUUAAUUGUACUAAAGUAAAUGCCAAAGUUUUAAAAAUUGAUAAUCUCAUGAAUUUGAUAUAUGUUAAAGGACCAGUACCAGGACAUGAUGAACAAUUUGUUAGAGUAAGGGAUGCAAUUAAUAAAAAAGGAGUAAAAUGUUUUCCAUCCGAUUGUAUUCCACCCCCUUUUCCUACUAUAGAUCCAGAAGUACUUGAAAUAAUGCCUAGAGAAUUAGUGGCUAAGAUUGGAGGAGUUGAUCCUUUUGCUAUAAAAGAAUCUUGA